UGUGUAAAUAAUUGUGACAUCAUCUCAAAGAAUGUGAAGCCAAAAGAGCUUCCCACUGUGUGUGAGGUGUGUUCACAGUGGAGUCGUCAGCUGCUGGCCAAUCACAAAGCUCAGGGCAUCCAUAUCUAUUGGGAUAACUGCAACCCACAACACUGGCCAGAGAACAAGUGGGAGGCGGCCAAGGUCUACAUGCCAGGUGGCCACAAGACUCAUGUCAAGUUUGAUGACUUUGACAUCGCUGCUCUCAUCAACCUGAUGAGCCGUUGCACUCACUUUCAUCGACUCAUCAAAGCCAGAGGGCUCCAGAAGCUCCUUGAGAGUGUGAUAGAGGUGAGGAAUCAGGUGAUGCACUCUCCAGACUUCACCAUGAGCAAAGGAGACCUCAAGAAACACCUGGAGAAGAUCAAACGGCUGGGGCGGGUCCUCGAGCCAUAUGCCCCAGAGAUGAAGAGCCUAUCAGAGGAGAUUGGCAAGGGCACAGGACACCAGAGUCUGGAAGAGUUCAGAGAGAUGGAAUUGUUGGUGAUGGUGGAGGAGAUUGGCUUCAUCUCAGUGUCUUUCUCAGAUGUGGGCACAACUCACUCUGAGGAGAGAUCCCAGCAGCUGAUAGUGCUGGUGGACAGUCUGUGGUCAUUCGUGGAACAGCACCAAGACCUGCAGCAGGCCCUCAGUAUGCAGAUGGCCUACCUGCUCUCGAUGAGGGAACACAAGGAGCAGCUCAUGGAGGCUCUGGCCAAGGUCCAGGAGAAUCAGAUACAGCUCUAUCAGAAUAUAAAUCAAAUUCAGCAAUACGAACAGAAGAUCUUGGACUAUCAAAAACAGAUAGAAAAUCAACAAGAAGUACUAAGUCAACGGAAUACUUUUGCCAUGCGUAAGGCUAGAGAGUCCAAAAUGUUGAGUUUGUUUGCACUUAUUUUGGCUUUUCUAGCAGUUUUACUUCUGUUGAUAUUGGUUCAUUUUUGAUUUGAGACUCACCAGUUGGAGUGGAUUGGUGAAUGAGACUGUAAUGUGUGUGUGUGUGUGUGUGUGUGUGUGUGUGUGUGUGUGUGUGUGUGUGUGUGUGUGUGUGUGUGUGUGUG